AUGGAGGACGUUAGUAGCAGCAGUCCAACUUCGGUGAAGAGUCCGAGUAAGACCAGCGACUCCAGAGGUGACGUUGAUUUCUCCGACAUUCCACCUGGCUUCAGAUUCACUCCAAGCGACGAGGAACUCGUCGUUUUUUACUUGCAGAAGAUGCUUUUAGAAGAACGGUUGCCUGCGAACAAGAUUGAAGUGGUUUCUCUUUACGAUUACAGUCCACAAGCACUAACAGAGAAACAUAAACCGUAUGUGAGGCAGAAGGAAUGGUAUUUCUUUACCCAUAGAGAUCGGAAGUACCGGAAUGGAUCUCGGCCGAACCGAUCUGCCGGAGAUGGGUAUUGGAAGGCCACCGGAGCUGAUAAAUCGAUAUACAGCAACGGUGUGCAUGUCGGAUAUAAGAAGGCAUUGGUAUUCUACAAGGGGAAGCCUCCGAAGGGUGAAAAGACUAAUUGGAUUAUGCACGAGUAUAGGAUCGCUGAAUACAUUAAUCCUCGUCCUAAGGAAAAACGCCAUGACAUGAGAUUGGACGACUUUGUUCUCUGCAAGAUUUAUAAAAAGCCAGAGAAAUCGGCAACGACUCGGGUGGCGGGAGAUCCAGAGAAGGCCAAGGUUGAUGGUGAAGCCAGAGAAAUCAGCAAUAACUACUGUGAUCUUGAUAUCCCAUACACACAAUCAUCAUUUUAUGAUGAAUAUAUUAGCAUGCAUAAGGAAGAUGCAGAGCAAAACUUUUACACUAACGAAGGUAUACCAGAUCAACCUCUGCAGCAUAGCAAUUUAGAGUACCGGCAGAACUUUCCUAACAACGACCAGAGGUUCACAAAUAUGGGGUUACUUCAUGGAUCUGCUGAACUGGAUUUAGACUACUGGAACUCCAACUCGAAUCUGCACACUAAUGGUGCAGAUAGUCCUUGGAAAUCAGUGCAGGGAAGCUGUAACGAUCUCUUUCGGCAGUUAAGUGAUUUCAUGCAUGAUACGUUGUCUCCGUUUAUUGCUGAAGCUUCAUUUGUACAACCAGAGCUCAAAACAGACCAGGGUGACGAUUCAACCGUUCCACCAAUGCCACCACUCAGACGGAGGCGCAUUGAUGCUUCUCCGUCACCAUUGAAUUACAACUUUGUUGAUGUUCCCCUGUUGCCACUGCAACCAUCCAAUCAAAACUUUGUGGGUGAUCCUCUGGUGGAACUACUGAGUGAAAACCAUGUGGGUGUUCCUCCAUUGCCACCGGUACUCCAGCCAAGCCAGGCUGAUGCUCCUCCUUUGCCACCACCCAACCAAAACAAUGGUGGUGUUCCUCCAGAGCCACAACAACAAUUCCAUGGCAGGCGAAGAUGA